AUGUCCUCCGACCGCAACUCACCGCCGCUUCCGAGCCCCGGUGCCUCCGAUCGAAGGCGUGCCUCCGUCACUGGCCAGACCUUCCGAGACAUCUUCGGCCAGGGCAGCGCUCCCGGCCAGAGCCAGCCGUACCCAGGCCCCAUCACCACGGCUGCUGUCAACGCCCAGCGACGACGUCUCUCCCUCACCACCAUCGGCCUCUCGGCCUCGCCUAACCAGAGCUCGCCCUUCCAAACACGGCCCCGCACCGAGAGCCUCUCCAGUGCCAACUCAGGCUCCGUCGACGAGAGCCCUUUCGAGGAUGAUCCGGCUCCUUCCGCAAGCAGCAACCCCGCCACCCCAUUUGCUCGGCGGUUGAGCUUCGGUGCCCGGGCCAUGCGGGAUGUCAGGCAGAGUAAUGGCAGUGUUGGGAACUCCAAUGGUAGACCCUCCAUCCAUAAAGUCUCCUCUCCCCCGACUGCAAGAGGUCGAGGUCUGUCUUCAUCCACGUCUACUGCCCCAAAGCCCCUUUCAUCCAAUGUUCUGGCGACGGCUUCCGCAUCUCAACGUUCGGAACGCUCGCCCUCUCUUCAAUCAUCUGAUGUUUCUCAUGUACUCGCCGAGCAUUUUAAGCGCCAUCCCGACCAAGCAUUUGGAGAACACGAGCUGACGACUAUGCUUUCAACUUCAGGCGAAGGCUACAGUUUUGCAGAGAACCUCCGUACCCGAGCCGAGCGCACCUCCAUGUCUGGUGUCAAGCCGAUGCAGACCCAGCCUCCCCCGCACCAGCGAGCUAAGAGCGUAGCCAUCAUGGAGCCUCCCGUUCGCGAGAUGCCCAAGCAGCCUAAGGUGCCCGACGCUAUGCAGGAGCGUAUUCUCAAGGGUGACUUCUACAUGGACUAG